AUGUUCAGAAUCACCUCUUAUUUGCUAUUUCUCAGCGCUCCGCUUCUAGUUUUGGCUGGUCUAUUGCCAUGGAACAACGAUCUUGCCACAAACACCGACUACGAUCCGGCCACAGCUCGCCGAUUCUUUGAUCUAGCCGUUGCCAGUCAAUUGGGCCCAAAUGACGACGCAAAACGACAACAAUGCUUCGACAAAUCGUGGAGUGAUUACAAUUAUCAAACAGUGGUCGUGAAAACUGCUGUCUGCGAUAGUAAGAACAACGAAUGUCAGAUGUACAUCGCCUACUCGGCUGUGAAGAAUAAUUAUGUGAUUGCUUUUCGUGGCACAAAUGGGGGCUCUCAAUUGAUUGUUGAGAGUAUCUCCUCACUCAACACUUAUGACGCGUUCCAGGCUGGCACUUAUAACGGAGGUGGCAGGGUGAAUCACUACUUCUACGAGGGUGUGCGAUCACUUUGGCCGACUAUCAAGGCAAAUCUUGGUCAAACAAACUCGGAAACAACUUUCUUCAUCACCGGCCAUUCAUUGGGUGGGGCAAUGGCAUCGGUCACAGCCGCUCGACUCUCUCUUGAGGGCUUGGCCCCUAGCAAUCAGAUCCGUUUAUACACGUUUGGCCAGCCACGCACAUGGGAUUACCAAACGGCGACCGCAUUCCGGGAUUGGGUUCCAUAUACGUGGAGAAUUGUUCACAACUCGGAUCCCGUACCACACGGGCCACCAAUGGACACAUCAGGAGCGAAAACGGGGCCAUAUCACCAUACACAAGAGAUUUGGUACAACGAAAAAUUCGAUAGCUUUACUCGUUGUUCAACUCAAUCUGGAGAGGAUGGUACGUGCAGUGACUCGCUCAGUGAUUUCAAGUUCAUCGUCGAUGUGGUGAACAGCGAGCAUUUGCACUAUUUCGGGGUAAAAGUGAAUGAUUAUGGAGCAGCUGGAUGCAGCUCAGCUUUCACUCAUUCCCUUUUUGCCGCUUUUCUCGUUGUUUUCUUCAAACUUUUCACUCAA